AUGAAGAAAAGACGAUUAGAAGAGGAGUCAAUGGCUUUAAAAGCUCCGAGAUGUUCGAUAUUGGAAAAUGUCGCCAUCUCCGACAAAUAUUCUGCAACGGAUUAUUCGGAGAAAUUCAAGGAGAUCAUGAAAAGUGCCAAACCGUUUCCCCAUAUCUCACUUCGAAAUUUCAUUGAUAACUCGUCGAACUUUGUGGAACAAUUAGAAACAGAACUACAAGAGUUCCCAAAUUGGCGACGAAAAGAAAACGAUCUCUACUCACUGUAUCAAACGACCGAUUUCAAGAACAUCCCAUCGACUUCUCAACCCAACUUUUUUGCUUUCAGAGAAUUUCUCUCAAAUGUGGUGAAACCGUGGCUAGAAAAGGUUUCUGGAAUCAACCUCACCGAUCAGAUCGAUAUCACGGGAAGUUGUUAUUCCGAAACGGACAACUUGCUUCCUCACAACGACCAAAUUGAGACUCGUCGUUUUGCAUUUGUUUACUAUCUCACUGAAGUUGGUUGGUCAAAAACUGAUGGAGGAGCUCUAUAUCUUUUCAACUCGGAUGAACAAUGUAUGCCUACAAUGAUUGGUGCUGAGUUAUUGCCAUAUCGCAAUUCGUUUCUCCUGUUCGAAGUUACUCAAAGAUCUUGGCACCAAGUAGCGGAGAUACUUCAAGGUGAUCGACCGAGACUUUCCAUCAAUGGAUGGUUUCACUCGACACGUCGCCUAAAAGAAGUCGUGCCUCCGCCUGAAAUCAUUCCUCGAUUUUUACCUGUUGAUCUAAAGGUUAAUCAUCUCAACGAAUUUGCUUCCCUCAUUUAUACAGAGAACGAAAAACUGAAACAAAUUAACGUGUUAUUCGAGGAAGAAAGUCAAGUUUUGCUUCCUACUUUUUUCAAGCCUGUGAGUUUAAAAAAGAUUACGGAGGCUCUGAAGAAAGAACAAUUUCAACUUUGUGGUCCACCAAAUAAGAGGCGAAUCUUUCGAUUGAAAAAGGAAGCAAACGCGAAAAAUGAGCUUGGUCACUUUUAUGGUUGGUUGAGGUCAAAUUAUGCCAGAGCAUUCUUCGAAAAAGUUACUGGAUGUCAGCUAAAAGGUCUUCAUAGUUCUGUCGAAAUCAAUCGAGUUGAGCGGGGAUGCUAUACAGUUAUGGGGGAUGAAGACGCAGCCAAAUCGAAAGAGGAUGGAUAUAUCUUGGAAAUUCACUUUUUCUUUGGCGAUUUAAUCGAUUUUCCUGCCGAUGUUGGUGGAUCAAUUUAUUACGUAGCUAAAGAUGACGAGGAAGAGUUAAUGCGAAUCAAUCCUCAAAUGAACUCGGCUGCCAUUAUUUUCAAAGAGGCCGAUGUUUUCUCUUUUAUCAAAUAUGUAACCCAUAAGAUAUCGAACAAUUUUUAUAUCAUCUCUCUUCGAUAUUAUAACGUGGAAGGCGAUGAAGAAAAUGUAACU